AUGUGGGGAUGUUUCAAGGAUGCGGAAUGGAACGAUGACCUUGACGAAACUUCGUCGCCAAACCUGUCUCCUGAGCAGUCGCCACCGGCUUCCUCGGUGCUGUCGCUGUCGUUGUUGAAUUUCCCAGAAGUUAAUCCGCCGAGUAAGGCGAGCAAACAAACUCACUCGUGUCCUCAUUGCAACUUUACCACAUUUAUGUCGCAGCAUAUGAAAAGUCACCUGGAAGCUCACGAACGACAUCAGGGUCAAAUGUAUCAAUGCGAUAUUUGCCAAAUGCAAUUCAGCCAGAAAGCAAAUAUGCAUCGGCACAGAAUGCGACAUUCCGGAGUGAAACCGUACCAGUGCAGAUAUUGCUUAAAACGUUUCUUUAGGAAAGAUCAAAUGCAGGAACAUUCGAUGACACACAUCAAAACAGGUGCUGAUUUUGAUUGUCCAGUUGCGAUGUGUGAGCAACAGUUCAGUCAGCAUGCAAGCCUUCGGUCACAUUUAGACGAAGCACACACUAUUGGACCAAAUUCUCCAGCAUCCUGCAAAAGAUGUUCUUUGAUGUUUUCUAAUUCUCGUCGUCUUUUGUUGCACUACCAAACAAAACAUGAUGAAGGCGAUACCUCUGGAAUUGUCGUGGCAAAUGCAAUGUCACCAAAUAUAAAGCUUGAAAACUGCGUCAAAAAUGAAAACAACGGUGGAUUUAUUGCCCCAGCACCAAAGAAACGAAGAUCAAACAAUGUUGCAAACAAUUUUCCUGCUGCCAUUUUGCAACAGUUGAAGUUUAUUAAACAGGAAAUUUUGCCAUCGUCUAACGAGAAGACAACACCAACGUUAGACUAUGAACAGACGCCUUAUAUGUCAAGUCAAGAGCUCUUGAUGUCACUGUCAAAUAACGCAGUUCCAUCACUGUUCACAAAUGAGCCAAAAAAUGAACAGCCGAUGCAGCUGUGGACAAGAGAAAGCAAUGCCGGAUCUGAGAACACAGAUGAGCAGUCACAUUCACCGUCAGUCGACAGCGGAAGCAGUGCUAUUGAUGGGGAAACCAAUGACAAAGAACAACAAGAGUGUACCAACUGCGGGAUGAUUUUCAUGGAUCAAACAUUAUACUUGCUGCAUAAAGGUUUGCACUCCGACUCGGAUCCGUGGAAGUGUAACCUCUGUGGUCACGCUUGUGGGGACAAAUACAUGUUCACAACCCAUGUUAUCAGUGCCGAUCAUAGUUGUUGA